ACCAGUUAGUUGGGGGACAUCAGGAGGUCUCCUUAAAAAUUCAGAAUUUGUGGAAGGGUAAGAGGUUUUGCUCGGCCUUUCCCCAAUAUCGCAGGUUAAAGAAGCUGCCAGGGUUUGUGUCGUGUUGCCUGCAAAAAUGAUUUACGACUUCAACUCACCUCUCUUCCGUUCAUUCCUCAGCCAGAAGGGCGGCGUCUCCUCCGACAAGGGGUUCAUCUUUCUUCAGCUUGUUUCUGUGUCCAUCUUUAUCUAGAUAUGUUAAAAGUACUAGAGUUCGCUUUUUUGCUAGCUCUACCGCAAAAAAGUAACAUUGGUUGUGGAGGAUGGCCGCGUUCACAGCGCUUCUUGUUAAUGGUUCAGAUUGUGCAGUCCGACGACAAAGGUUGCACCGCACAAUACUUGUUUUGAAAGUAUUAUCUGUUAAGGUGCUCGAAUGUCUAAGGAGAUAGCUUUUAUUUUUUCCCUUUGGAUUCUUGUGAGGUUUCAGAAGAUUACUUGCAGAUAUUUGUUAAAUUAAUUUUCGUGUUUAAAGUUUCAGUGAUGUACUGGAGAGUUUUAGGAUUGAGAAUGGAAGAGCAGAAGCCUAAGGAGCAGAAACCUAAGGAGCAGAAACCCAAAGCUAAUGAGAACAAGCCUAUCGUGACAGAGUAAAAGGUGCCAUGUUUGGUGUGCUUUAGUUCAGGAUGUGAGGUGGUGGGAUUUUGCACAAUGCUAUUGUAGUUGCUGUUAUAACUUGUUAUGUGCUAUAGGAUUGGAAUAAUGGUAGAUGUUUCAGAAUACUAUUAUUAUAACUAUUACUAUUUCUUGUCUGAAAUGGAAUGAACUCUAUGCUCUUUG